GCCCACCAUUACUUAUUUUUUCUUUCAAAAUAAUUUAAUUUAUGAUUUUUUCAAUUUCUUCGGGGUUUUUUAAUUGAUCAGAGCUUGCUUGCUUUAGCAAGGAGUAGUAGUAUGUGCGCUGAAAGCGUUUUGGCAUGACCAACGCCCAACGGUCUCUAGUCUCGGCGGACACAGGCCUCUCCUUAUGCAACUCGACUCAAAACCCUAUUGGGAUUUUGAGCUAAAUAAUACUUUCUCCACUCCUAAAAAGGGUUUCGUUUUCUUCCCUAGCAGUCUAGGGUUUCGGCCGUGAUACUUUUUAUCGAAAUUUGUGAUUUGACUUCGUAAUUCUUUGUGAUCGCAUGCAUGGCGACUGAGAUGGAAGAGAGGUGUGCCCGCUUAAACUUGGAAGAUGAAGACUCGGAUGGUGUGGAGUUUGAUGACACUGUUAUGGAAGGGGUCAAGGCGCAGAUUACACACUGCCUGGUUGGGCGGAUUCUCACAGAUAAGGUGGUUAAAUUCCCUUUCUUUAGGGAUACAAUUGCGGACAUCUGGAGACCUGGGCGAGGGGUGCACAUUCGGGAGUUAGGGGAAAGAAGAUAUCUAUUCCAGUUUUUCCACCCAGUUGACGUAGAACGAGUAUUGUCAGAUGGACCCUGGUCUUAUGAGAACAAUCUCGUUAUUCUGCAUAAGCUAGAAGAAGCGGAGGACCCGACCUUCAUUCCAUUGAGGCACGAAAUUUUCUGGAUCCAGGCUUAUAAAAUCCCUAUGCGUUACUUUACUGAAAAAAUGGCCCAAAUUAUUGGAAAUCAGGUGGGAGACUUUGUUCAUGCUGAUCCAAACAAUUUUAGAGGGGGCUUGAAGACUUUUAUGAGGAUCAGGGUGAAACUUGACGUCUCCAAGCCGUUGAUGACCAGUGUGAAGUUGAAGAAGGGGGCAGAAUCAUUUGUGGUGGAGUUAAAAUAUGAGUGGUUGCUUCAUUUUUGUUUCAUUUGUGGACUUAUGGGUCACGUCGAAAAAUAUUGCCCCCGUCGUUUCGACGGUCCAGUUUGGAGCAUGGUUGAGGGCUGGGGGAAGGAGAGGCAGCAUGAGUCAAACGAGCAGGUGGUUAGUAGAUGGUGAAGGGAAUUUUUUAAGCCCGGCAGGAGUGGAGUCUAAAAGGGAUAGAGCUACGGAGGAUCUUUUUCCAGACACGGUGGAUGUGGGGGAAGGGGUGGAUGCUACUGGAGGCUCUUUUAAUAGGGCAAAGGUUGGCAGUAACUCUAACCUGGUGUUAUGGCAGGAGCAGAAUUCUGGUGGAGAGGUCCUAUGUCCGAGCAGUGGAGUGGCAAAGAAACGAAAGGCAGUAGGUAUGAAAGAGACGGAGGAUUUUUUACUUUCAAAAAACGGAGUAACUGCGGGUUCUGGAUUCCAGGCCCGCCGAGAAUCAUGAGUUGCUUGAGUUGGAACUGUCGUGGGCUAGGCAACCCUGCGACAAUUCAAGCUUUGGUGGACUUGAUCCACCUGAAGAGGCCGUGGUUGGUUUUUUUAAUGGAGACUUUUUCGAAUUCUCAGCGAAUUCAUGAGGUGAUGAGGAAAGUAGGUUUGAAAUAUUGUUUUGUCGUGGACAGUGAGGGGCAUAGAGGUGGCUUAGCGCUUCUUUGGGGGGAUGGGGUUCACGUGGAUAUUCAAAACUCCUCGCCCCAUUUUAUUGAUGCUUGCGUACGGUUGGAGGUGGAAGAUCCUUUAUGGGGGUUCACUGGUUUUUACGGGUGUCCAGAACGUGGAAAAAGAAGAGAGUUCUGGAAUAUUUUAAAAUCUUUGAGCUUGGAGAUGAGCAUUCCAUGGAUUGUUAUGGAUGAUUUCAACGAUCUUAUGGUGGCUUCUGAUAAGCGCGGCAGUGUCCCACAUGGCCACAUCCUCCCUGGCUUCUGAGGGGUUUUCGGGAAACUAUUUGGACGAGUGGAUUGCAGAACUUCCCUUUUCAGGGUUAUCAAUAUACUUGGGAGCGGUGGCGGGGUACUCAAUUUUGACGGGGUACUCAAUUUUGAGUGGAGGGAAAGUUAGAUAGGAUCCUUCCCGUAAGUUUCACCGUAGGAGUAAAUUCAGAUUCGAAAAUUGUUGGCUUCGAGAUGAGGAUUGCAGGUCACUAGUAGCAAGGAGCUGGAAUCUGGGGGCUGACAAAGGCAUUAUUGGUCAAAUUGAAUUUUGUGGGAAAUCAGUAUGGGAGUGGGGCAAAAAAAGAAACGGAUCAUUUGGCAGGAGAAUAAGUUUAUGUCGUAAGCGUUUGGAGUUCCUAAGCUAAGAAGACAUUCGGAUGAGUGGAGUCUGACAGCUUUUCAACGGGUAAAGGGAGAGUAUAUAGAACUUUUGGAGCAGGAAAGUAUUUUUUGGCGCCAGCGGGCUAAAGAGUUUUGGUUCAAGGGAGGUGACCUUAAUACUAGAUUUUUUCACAAUUCGGUGAGGCACCGCAGAAGAAAAAAUAGAGUGGAAGGACUGAGGUUGGAAGGGGGCAACUGGGAGAGAGACAUGACCGAACUUGGCCGGAUAAUCAAUGAUUAUUUUAAUAAUAUCUUCUCUUCUGUGCACAGUAAUGAGAAUUUUUUAUUUCAUUGUGUCCCUAGAAAAUUGGAUGAGUUUCAUAAUGUGGAGCUUCUACGGCCUAUUCGAGGAGAGGAGGUUAAAGCGGCUAUUUUUUCCAUGUAUCCUGAUAAAGCGCCUGGUCCGGAUGGGAUGAGUCCGAGAUUUUUUCAACACUUUUGGGAUGUGGUGGGGCCUGAUUUUAUCAAAUUUUGUGCAGAUGCUUUCCAAUCAGGUAAACUUCCCAAUUCUAUUAAUCAUACCAAUAUUGUCUUGAUUCCCAAAAAGGAUAGCCCGGAGUCUCUUGGUGACUGGAGACCUAUUACCCUUUGUAAUGUGACAUAUAAGAUUUUUUCUAAAGUUUUAGUUAACAGAAUGAAAGAUGUGCUUUAUUUGUUCAUUUCUGAGACCCAAAGUGCAUUUAUUCCCGGUAGGUCUAUCAUUGAUAAUAUCAUGUUAGCUUUCGAGUCGCAACAUUAUUUGAAGCGUAAGACGCGGGGUAAAAUGGGGUUUGUGAGUCUAAAAUUAGACAUGAGCAAAGCCUAUGACAGGGUGGAAUGGACUUUCUUGGAGGGUAUGAUGAGGCAUUUGGGGUUUGCUGAAAUGUGGAUUAAUCUGAUCAUGGAAUGUGUCACAUCGGUGACUUAUUCUAUCCCUUUUGAUGAGUCGGAGUUAGGGCCCAUUUUUCCUACUCGAGGGUUGAGACAGGGUGAUCCUUUAUCACCUUAUCUUUUUCUCAUAGUGGCGGAAGGUUUGAGUGCUUUAUUGAGGCAUAGUGAGGAAACAGGGCGCUUACAUGGUGUGGCCGUUGCCCGUGGUGCCCCCCAGAUUUCCCAUUUGUUAUUCGCAGAUGAUAGUUUGCUUUUCUUUAAAGCAACUCACGGGGAAGCUUCUUUAGUGAAGGAAAUUUUACAUGACUAUGAGAUGGCCUCGGGGCAGAUGAUCAAUCUUAAUAAAUCAAGAAUUUUCUUUAGCCCCAAUGUUCCAAAUGAGCAUCAAGUUGGUCUCAUUGAGAUGUUGGGAGUGGGGCUGGCUGGUGAGGAGGAAAGGUACUUGGGGUUGCCUGCAAUGGUAGGGAGAAGUAAGCGGAAGAUUUUAGAUUAUUUGAGACAAAGGAUAGUUAACCGCAUUCAAAGCUGGAAUAAUCAGUUCUUGUCCAGAGCAGGUCGAGAAGUUCUUCUUAAAUCUGUGGUCCAAGCAAUGCCGAAUUAUGCAAUGAAUGUUUUUCUUUUUCCGAAGGAUUUAUGUCGGGAAAUGGAAGUUCUUAUGAAUGCCUUUUGGUGGAUGGGGCAAUCUGGGAAGGGAAUCAAGUGGCGAAGUUGGGAUUUCUCGUGUAAGCCUAAGAAGUUGGGAGGCAUGGGAUUUAAGAAGAUUAGAGAUUUUAAUUUAUCUAUGCUAGCCAAACAAGCUUGGAGACUUUUUACGGAACCCGAGACCUUAGUGGCGCGGGUUUUUAAAACCCGAUACUAUCCUAAGGGUACUUUCUUGACUGCUAAAAUUGGGCAUAACCCAUCUUUUAUCUGGUAUAGCAUCUUUCAGACACAAGGAAUUAUAAAGGAUAGCUAUUACUGGCGUGUAGGUAACGGGGAAUCUAUAAAUGUGUGGUCUGAGCCGUGGUUACCGGAUGGGAUUAAUCCUAAGGUUUAAACCGCCCCUGUAGUGGGUCUUCAUAAUAGUAGGGUGGUGAAUCUUUUCUGCACACAAGAGAAGAGUUGGGAUUCAGACCUUAUAUGUGAUAUUUUUGAACCAAGGGAUGCUAGGCUUAUUCAAAGCAUUCCUCUCAGUUUUAGAUCGGUUCCAGACAAGGUUUGUUGGCGGUGGGAGACGAGCGGGCGUUUCUCUAUUCGCAAUUGUUACCGAAAGUUGGUCGGGGAGUUCGAACGAGCGGGAUGGAUUGACUGGACUUCUAUGUGGAAUUGGAAGUUACCCCCCAAAAUAAAUAAAAAAUUCUGGCAGGUUUGUUGUGGUCUUCUCCCGACCAGAUUGAAUCUUCGUUAUAGGAAGGUGGAUUGUGUGGUGGCGUGUGAACUCUGUGAUAAUGAGGAGGAGUCGUUGUUCCCUUUUAUUCGUUGAUUGACCGGUCGCUAAGGAGGCUUGGAAGGGGGUGAAUUGGGUUUGGUCUCAAAAUAGCGCCAGGGAAUUUUGGUUGCAGCUGCAGGUUGAGUUUAAAUCAAGGCAGACGGAUGACUUGAGGAAACUCAUUUGGGGUUGUUGGGGUCUGUGGGCCAAGAGAAAUGUCAGGGUGUGGAAAGGGGUUCGAGUAGAACCAAGGCUUAUUCUAUUGAAAACUAGAACUUAUUUUGUAGGUUGGGAACAAGCUCAACAAACUGCUAUAGCUCUAGCCAAUCAAGGGAGUACAUGCACUUCACUUUGGAGAAGACCGUUGCAGGGACGAGUCAAGCUUAAUGUGGAUGCAGCAGUGCGGGACUAUCAUUGUGGCCUGGGUUGGAUUCUUCGGAACGAGGAAGGAGUGUUUGUCGCGGGAGCUGCGAAGUCAUGGCGGGGGAAAUUAUCCCCAUUGGAGGCUGAACUGGUGGGCAUUAGGGAAGCACUAAGCUGGGUCAAGGAACAAGGAUGGGAGCGGGUGGAUGUGGAAUUGGAUGCUGCUCGAGCCAUUGCUGAGAUUAAAAAUGGCUCCUGUAUUUCUUCAGCAGGAGUGAUAGCAGAAGAUGUGAGAGAUUUAUGCUCAAGGAUGAUGGAUAUUUCCUUUUGUUUUAUUAGACGAUCUGCGAACAGGGCGGCUCAUGGCUUUGCUCAAGUCGCCUGUUCUAUGUCUGGUUGUCGGAUUUGGAUAGGAGAUCCUCCUAAUUUCAUUACUCAUGUACUGAACAGUGAUUUGAUUACUAUUAAUUAAGUUUGUUUCUUUCAAA